ACACACACAGAGAGAAAGAAAGAGAGAUGUAUGUUUAGUUUAUGACGAGAGAUUUGGGGAGUGCUAAAGGAAGCGAGGUGUGUCUCUCUCUACAGUAUAAUUACGAGUUAAUUCUCUGGGAAGCCAUGCAGACAGAACCCUGACAGGAACUACAUCUCAGGUUUUGAUCUGAAACAUCGAGAUGUGGGGUCACAACCAAGGAAACCAGCAUCCCUCUGGCUACAACGUGAACCCAAGCGGGUGCGAACCGCCAAUGCCAGGUGGGGGACAACCUGGCGGGUGCACCAUUGGUGCCAUCCUGACCCCAUUAUGCCCUCCCUACCAGCCCCCCUCCACUUGCUACCCUGUGCCACCAUCUUAUCCAGUACAGGGUCCCCAUGGAGGUCAUGGGCAUGGGCACGAUCAUGGGCACGGACCUCAUGGCCAUGAUCAUGGUCACGGGCACGGACAUCAUGGCCAUGAUCAUGGUCACGGGCAUCGUGGAGGUCACGGUCAUGGAGGGCACGGUCAUGGAGGACACGGAGGGCACGGUCGCGGAGGGCAUGGUCAUGGUCAUGGGCACGGUCAUGGGCAUGGUCAUGGUCAUGGUCAUGGGCACGGUCAUGGAUGCAGGCACAGGCACAAGCAUGGGCAUUGGCAUGGGGGUUGUCACAAGAAAGGGAAGCAGAGUCAUGGGAGUUCAAGCAGCUCCUGCAGCAGUGACUCCGACUAGAGCCUGCAGUCAGAGGGACAUGACUUAUCCUCUUAUCAGCCGUAAGAGACCUGGAUCUCUCUCCCCAGUUCUUUACUAUAGCCCCAGAACCAAUCCCUAAUCCCCAUCCCUAAUAUAUGGAUGUUACAAACCCACAUCUCUCCCGCUCAUAUGUCUGAUUUUUUUUCAAAGCAUGAUGGUUUCUUUUAUGUAAAAUAAUUAAAGGACACAGAGGGAAUCUUAUUUGUUCUUGUUGUAUGCCAAAAUGAUUAAAAAUAAAUAACUGUCCAAUUACUAUGUACAUCAUAACUACAACCCACAGUAUACGUUUUUGAUAUUUCAAUUAUUGUGGGCCUGGGGAGUUCUGAUUUGUUUCUGGGUAUUUGGUUAUCCGAGCCCAGCUAUAAUUGUAACCCUGCAUAGUUUCCUCAUAAAGUCAAGCAUUCCUAAACAUUGAUUUGUAGGAACCUAAACUCAAAUGUGGGCGGGUUGCCUGUUUUGCAUGUUAUUUUGUCAUGAAUACAUGUCACAUAUCAGUUUGCACACAAUAUAAACAAAAAUAUAUCCAUAAGUUAAUAAAGCUGCAUACAAA